AUGCUGCUUCCACGUCAGCAAUCACAGUCGAGCACGCCGCAAGCCUCAUUUUCCCUAGUGUCAGCCGAUGCGCGCAUGCCUCAAGAGGAGCCUACAUCCAAUGCUGGCCAAGUUCAGGAGUCCCCCACGGAGAGUGCCAGUUCUAGGGAAACUUGGCCUAAUGUUGAAGCUAUGUUGGCAAAGAAGAUGGAGAAUGAUAAUGCUGAACACUCAGUUGUUCACCGUCUAUCUAGUGCUGAUAAGAUAUCCCUCAGGGACAUUGCAAGGGAGAGAGUAGACAUAAUCUCCGAAAAGAUGCAUCAUCUACCAGACGAAUUUCUCGAAGAGUUGAAAACUGAGCUACGAGUUAUUCUUGAUGGUAAUGGUGGUUCACAGCAUAGAGAGGAGAUUUUCCUUUUACAGAAGCUUGUUCAGAGUAGAACUGAUUUAACUGAUAAGACUCUACUUAUAGCCAAUCGAGCGCAACUCGAGAUCCUAGUGGCAAUAAAUACUGGAAUUCAGGCGUUCUUGCAUCCAAAUAUUACCCUCCCGCAGAACACUCUAAUUGAGAUCUUUGUAUACAAGAGGUGCAGGAACAUAGCAUGCCAAAACCAGCUCCCAGCUGACGACUGUACAUGUGAGCUAUGCUCCAAGAGAAAUGGUUUCUGCAAUCUUUGCAUGUGUGUUAUAUGUAAUAAGUUUGAUUUUGAAGUUAAUACUUGUCGUUGGAUUGGCUGUGAUCUGUGCUCCCAUUGGACUCAUACGGAUUGUGCCAUUCGUGAUGGACAAAUUUGCAUGGGUUCAUCUGGUAAGAGUGGAACUGGGCAAUCUGAAAUGCUUUUCAGGUGUCAAGCCUGCCAUAGAACGUCAGAGCUGCUGGGUUGGGUUAAGGAUGUUUUCCAGCACUGUGCACCUGCCUGGGACAUGGAGGCUUUGACAAGGGAACUCGACUAUGUUAGUAGAAUAUUUCGUGGAAGUGAGGACCUUAGAGGGAGGAAGCUUUUCAGGAAUUGUGAAGAUCUGAAGGAGAAAAUGAAAAGUGGGGUUGUGGAUUCUUCGAUGGCAUGCAGAACUAUAUUGGGAUUUUUCCAAGAACUUGAGUUGGACUCUCCAAGAAGCAUGGAAAAUGGGGAAGGAGGACGACUAGUAGCCCCACAGGAGGCAUGCAGCCGCAUUGCUGAUGUAGUACAGGAAGCCAUAAGAAAAAUGGAAAUAGUAGCCGACGAGAAGAAGAGGAGAUUCAAAAAAGCACGAAUGGAUGUCGAGGCAUUCGAGCGCGAGGUCGAGGACAAAACCAGGGAAGCAGCAGAACUAAAGCUGGAGAAACAGAGAAAGAAGCUGCAGAUUGAAGAGCUGGAGAAAAUUGUGAGACUUAAACUGGCAGAAGCAGACAUGUUCCAACUUAAGGCCAAUGAGGCAAAACGAGAGGCUGAUAGGCUCCAGAUGAUUGCUCUUGCCAAAUCUGAAAAAUCUGAAGAAGACUUUGCUAGCAGCUACCUAAAACAGCGGUUAAAAGAGGCUGAAGCAGAGAAACAGUAUUUGUUAGAGAAGAUUAAACUGCAGGAAAGUUUCCGUUCACCGAGCAGCGGUGGAGCAGAUCAGUCCUAAAUCCUUGCAUAGUUUCGAAACAUCGUUCUAUAUCGUACUGCAUCCUCUCAUAGUCACACAAGCUAAGUGAUGGUCGUUGAAGUUGCCUUAAAGUUGACUUGAAUUACCCAUGUUUCUGUUGUGGGGGACUGUAUGUUGUCGGUUUUUGUUGUCUGUUGAUCAUUGUUAGAUAUGAAGGGAUUCUAUAAUGGUGUAAGUAAGCGCUGGUGAUCCUGGAGUUCAUGUAGUGAGCACUGAGAUUGUGUAGGGUAAUGAUCUGCCAAAAGAGAGAAACAAAAGCAGCAGGCAUGUUAAAGAGAUUAGACGCAACUUUGAAUGGACAGAUCUUGCUUUAGUUGCUUGUCGGUCCUUGUCCUUUUUAGGAGUGCUCUCUAAUGGAUCCCACUUCCAAUAUUGCAGCAAUCAAUUGAGCAGUAGAACUGUAUGAUUUGGAGAUGCUAUUGGUCUGAGUGGAGUCUACAAUUAGUUCUUGAUUGCUUGACUUAAAGGCUGCGUUCAGAAAGCUUAACUCAGUUCUUCCUUGGACCAGAAAACAGAUAAUUGCAAACAUGUCCAGGUUUGUAGUUUUAACU